CAGGGCGCCGCGUGCGUGGGGAUUCCUGAGGAUUACCCGGCAUGCCCAGCGGGAAAAGAUGGCGCUGGAGGAGUAGGAGCGGAGGGGAACUUUACCUCGCAGCAGAAUCAGCCCAGCGCUAGAUAAUCGUGUGAUGCGGGGCUGGGCAACCCGACAACAAGCGGCAGGUGACCUGGACGCUCACUCGAAGCGAGGACAGCGAAGGAGUAAGUUGAUAGCGGCGAAUGGACUGGCCGGCUGCGCGGUGUCUGCCGAGGCGAAGGAAAAGCGGAUAAAGUUUCCUAAGCGGACCGAGAGCCGACGACGGCGAAUUUGAAGAGCCGCUGGAGGGAGGUCCAUAAUAGCCCUGAGGUCACACGCCGACAGCAGCCUGAGGAAAGCUGCUAGAUUGAGUUUCCCAGCAGUGACAGCUUCAGGUCUACACUGUAGGAGCUGGCAUAUUGCAAGUUUGAGCAGGAGUAACGGACUGAGGAUGACGAGCGCUGGCCCAGCCAGGAAGCCUUAUCGCAAGGCACCCCCACAGCAUCGGGAGAUCCGACAUGGCGCAUCCCACUUCCGCGAUGAUCUGACUGGCAGCACCGGGAGCGCAUCCGUUCCCGCUGCCCUGCUACCACAGCCGGAGCCCUGCCAGGACUCGCUGUCAGAUGCAGACAGAAUCAAGAUCCUGACACAGCAGAACGAGGAGCUGCGCCGGCGACUUGCGCACACCACCCACAAGAUGGAAGCCAUGGAGACGGAGUUUGAAGCCAGCCGGCACUUCAUGCAGGCCGAACUGGGCCGUGCCAAGGACGACCUUGAAAAGAUGAGGGACAAGUUCCGCAGACUGCAGAACAGCUACACUGGGUCCCAGAGAGCCAAUCAGGACCUGGAGGAGAAGCUGCAUGCUCUGCUCCGGAAGGUGGAGCGAGACAAGAAGACAAUGGACCAGGAGAUAGUGGAGCUCACCAACAAACUUCUGGAUGCUAAGAACACCGUAGACAGAUUGGAGGAGCUGAACGAGCGGUACCGACAGGAUUGCAACUUGGCUGUGCAGCUGCUGAAGUGCAACAAGUCCCAUUUCAGGAACCACAAGUUUGCUGAUCUUCCGUAUGAACUACAGGACAUGGUGAACAAGCACAUGAAGACCAGCCUGCCAGGCAAGGGUGCUCAGAUGCCGGACGCGGACUCCCAGAGCCUCACGCCCAGUGAUGUGGUUCCCACCUCUGUCAUCGCCCGUGUGCUUGAGAAGCCAGAGCCUCUAGUGCUGAACUCGGCUCAGUCCAGCAGCAGCGCAGGCCAACCAGUGGCGGAGGAUGUGUUUGUUCAUGUGGAUAUGACUGGUCCUCAGGCGGAGGGAGGCCGGGAGAAUGGGGCCCUGGGCCAGGAGCCACCGGGGCAGCAGCAAGUGAUGAAGCAGAACGGAACAUGCCGAAGUCAGAAUAGCCUGGAUGGGGAGGAGGGGAGUGGCACCAAGCUGAACCCCUAUCCUACUCCACCACCUCCUCACCCCCUGUACCCAGGUCGCAAGGUCAUUGAGUUCUCCUCCGAUGACAAGGUGAAGAUUCCCAAGAACAGCCCCCUGCCUAAUUGCACCUAUGCUACACGGCAAGCCAUCUCUCUCAGCCUGGUGCAGAGUGAGGAGGAGGCAGGUGAGCGGCAACGCACAGUGCCUAAUAGCCCUGCCGUAUCUGGCUCGGGGGCCUCGUCCUCGUCCAGCGGGCGCCAGCGUUGCCCUCCCCAGCCAGAGGCCGACCCCCGCUCCAGCCAAUCUAGUCCAUUCAGCAGCCCCCCACAGGCCCCCAGUGCCUUGGCUAGCUCUGCCAGCUCAGAGGAGGAUCUGCUGGCCAAUUGGCAGCGCAUGUUUGUAGAGAAGAUGGCACCGUCGUCAGAUGGAACUUUGAUCAAUCGCACGUCCUUUAGCAGCGACACCAUCAAGGACCUCCAAACGAGCCGCAACGGCAAGGCGGGGAGUGGCCGAGUGAGCCAGCGGAGCGCGUACUCGGAUGGGGAAGAAUCAUCUCCCCGCAGCUGGGCAGCUAGUCGCGAGUCCAGUGUGGACACAGACACUGGUAGCGUGGACGUACGGCUGCGGAAAGGCCAGUACGGUGGGAAUUUCUCCAAGGAGGAGAGCGAGCGACUGCUGAUGAGCCUGGAUCCUCUGGAUGAUGGCGAUACUGGAGAUGUCGCCAUCACCACGGCAGCAGCCCAUAGCCAGAGCAGCCCCAGUGCCAGGAGGAUGGAGUAUGCAGAUGGCGGCUCUGCCGGAAGCUCAGAGGAGCGUGACAUCCUGCCCCAGGACUUGCCCGUGAUUUCCCCCAGGAUCCUGGCAGGCCUGGAGGACUACACGGAGAAGCCUCCAACCCAUGCUGGCCCUGCCUCUACCACCCCAUCUGGCCGACCUGCAAAGAGCCCCAAGAGGAUGGGUGUCCAUCACCUGCACCGCAAGGACAGCUUGACCCGAGCACAGGAGCAUGGCAACCUGCUAGACUGAGGAUCCUGGGAUAACCUGCCCUUAUAAGACACCCAGUGGUCCUUCUCUCUUCAAGGCAGUAUCAAGAGCUCGCUUCAAAGGUGGUGGAAUUACAACCCUUUCUGCGGGACGAUAUGUCGGAAGGUGACCGAAUUUCUCACUGCUUACUCUUACCGGGCUUUAGAUUACAGAUCGUGUUUCAAGUGUCCUAAAUCAGCUUCAGUUUCUCAGUGAGGCAAGUUUCCAUUCUCGAGGAGGUGGAUUAUUCAGCUGAAUGCUCCCCAGGCAUCAAGCAUCAUCCAGCCCGAAUUCAUGUAUCCGAAGAUUGACGGCAGUGUUGAAAAUUGUCGUUGUCGAGGUGUCCUGUUGCCCAUCGCUGAUAGUGGAUGAGCUCAACUCAUGAAGUCUCUGCUCGCUGGCCGUGGUUGACACCACCCCCUCCCGGACUUUUCCUCCUUUUGACGCGCGACAGCAUACCUGCUUGGAUGGAGGGAGGCAUGCAUUACCUCAGGGGAGGCACUGGGGGUCAGACCCUGCUCCCUCUUGCAGCUCCCAGAAUGUUCUCAGAGGACCCACUCAUUCACAUGCAGUGCCUAUCCUUCUCCACCCAGGAGGGUGGGUGGGGGCUUGAUAAGACCUAAAUGAUGUCAAGGUCCUCUUCUGGAGAAUGUUGCUGUACACACCACUCCACUUUUAAUCCAUUGAAGUCUUGUAGUGUCAAACCCUUACUUGAGAAGACAAACUAGCAAGACGGCUUCCCAAGGCCUCUUUUGUUGGUUUGUUUAUAGUUCUUCACUCUCGCUUUUGGAGAAGAAAAAAAAAUUGUCGGUAUUCGACCGGCGUUUUUCUCCAUCUUGAUUAUCAUGUUACGUGUAUUGCUUGGCUCAUGUCACAACAUACUUCGGGCAUUCGAAAGCUAAUGGGAUGAGAAUGUUAAGUAUUUUCUAAAAACAUCAGUUAAAUGGAUUAGAGCGCAGAGAAUCAAAAUCUUACCAGUGUUAGCGUUGUGCGUGUUCUGUGUUGUCUAAAUCAUGUUUGAAUACCCAUAAACAGGCAAAGUAUUGAAGUCAAGUGAUUUUUUUAGCCUUUGGUCACAAGGUUGCAACCAAAUCAGUCUGAGAUUGUUGGACUAAAUCUGAACUGCCUGUUUGAUUCUUAUUUUGUUUUUGUUUGUUUGUUUGUUUGUUUGAAAUGUGUAGAGAGAAAUAUCUAGCCCUAUAUUUUGGAACGCACUCCCGAAUUUAACAUUUCGGUGUUGUGACGUGCAGAGUUGUUCAUCCACUGACAAAUCCCCAGGCAGGUUACAGCUCCUGUUUCACCUGCCCUCUACCCAUAAUGCAUUGCUACCAGUGGCACGUCCUCUUUAGCCUUUUCAACAGCGCUGAGCAGGAUACUAAAACGCAGAUAAAUUUAGUCUGUCUCAAAUGCACGGGAGCGAUGCACGUCUAUGAAGAAACGAGCUCAAAGGCGUGUAUAUUUCUGUUGUUCCCCACCAUAACCAGCUGACUCAGGGCCUCUGCACCGAUCUGCACCUCCAUCCUCUCACUCCGACAACACACCGCCUCUCUGGAUGUAGCACUGACAGAAUGCAAUUAUCCAUUAAUGUAAAUUUAUUACUGAAGCCCUUUAUACACCUGAUUAGGAAUGUAAUAACUGUUGUACCGUUAAUCUCACCUCUUGUAACAGCCCUUUAUGUAUUCAGUGGACCGACACUGUACUCUGGUGGGUGUGUGCAUCUCGUGUUUUUCUUUCAUUUUUUGUUUGGUUUCUGUGCUGGUUAUCAUUAUGCUCCCAACCAAACAUAAUAUUUGUGUGUAGUGUUCAAUUGUGUGUUUUGUGCUCUUCUUGGCUUUGCGUGUCAUGUUUUGAAUUUCCGUUUCGGAAGUUUUUUUUUCUUUGGUCGGCUUCACUCUGAGGUUUUGGCGACGUCGGUUCGGGGACAUUUUAUUUCACAUUCAGUCGUUUACCGUUUAAAAUAUUUCGAUCUUGCCUUUAACGGACUUCAUGCGGCCCAUCUGUCUUGUUGAUGCUCACCAAACACCUCAGGAUUCACUCCAGCCUAGUGCUGAGCUAUGGCUUUCACUUGUACUGUGUUGUCCGAUUCUCAGUUCAGCUCAUGCAGUAUUUUUGUAGUGUUGCUCAACAAAGUGUUAAAGUGUUGUCAUUUCCAUGCGUGUAGGUCUUGAGGCCUCGUGAGAAUUUUUGAAAUCAUUACCAUUUUCAGUGUGCACCGUGUGUCCCGAGACACAGGCAGGGCCACCAUUGCUAAGGCACAUGUUCGGAGAAGCAGGAACGAGCUGUCUCGAAGCGUUCCCCAAGAAGCGUAAAGGCCGAGAGAGAUCGUUCGGGCACGUUGACAUAUCAAUGCAUGGGAAGCAGCAUUCCGGAAAGUUCUCCCAAACUGAGUCUUCCUCAUGGGACUUGUUUUGGCCCUCGAUCAGAAAUGUUCAGCGCAUCACUGCCUCUUCAGUGAACUGUUCCUUCACCUUGUUUAAUUCAGCACUUUCCCACAGUUGGGUGGGCAUCGUUCCGUAGGACCUGGGCUUUCACGAGCACUUUCUUCCCUUCCGAUUUCCUUUCUUGGGAUGUGUGGCUUUUUCUUUAUAGAUAGAGCUACUACUUAUAGCCCAAAAUUAAUAGACAUGUAACAGCCUGUUCUGAAUAAAUAAUGCAUGCUGUAAAAUAGGCCUCUGAUGGCAAAGGAAAUGGGGAAGAACAGUCUGUCAUUGUCUUAUUCAGGGAAAUGGCAGUGUUAAAUAUUUCAUGGUGCAGAAUGCUCUAGAAAUGGCUCGUACCAAGUUCCAUGCAAAAAAAUGGGCUGAAACCACAGUUCUCCGCAAUGUUGAUGUAAAAAUAGGCAAGCACAUCUGUCUCCUGCAACAUAAAUGAACCUCUCUCAUGAAAGUAAUUGAAUACCUUUGUGUCUGACACUUGGUACUCAAAACCAAGGUCACCUUUCCUUUUUGUCUCCCAAGAAAGAACUAAAAUCACGUCCAAGAUGAAAGCUUUGCAUCGGUUGCUCUCGAGAUGCACCCUCCGCUCACAGACACAGCAGAGCCGCUAACACUGUGAAACCGGUUUCAGAAGAACAUAAAAAUCAUUGAGGUGGACACUUCAAAAGUCACCAUUUGAGAGUUUGUCGCAUUUAAAUAAUACACUAGACAAAGAUUUAAAAACCAUAAUAUGGAAAAUGCUAGUAGUAAUAGAUGAAUAGGGGCUGGAUCUCUCACAAUGUGAGAUGUUGCCCUGGGGUGGAAUAAUGCAUUUGUGUGUUUUCUGUCUCGUGAGCCCAGGUUCAUAUAUGGAACGUAAAUGAGAUCAAGCGUGAUGUCUUUUGGUGGGUUGCGACAUCCCCAGAUGCCUGUGUCCCGGCCCACGUGUUUGGUCCACAAGCUCUUAUACUUAAGACCUUGUACCAUAACUGUGCUGCACGUGAUUUGCUGCUUCCCCACAUCUCCUCCACAUGGUUUUUUUUUUUUUUUUUUUUUUUCCCCCCCCCCCCCUACAUUUGUGCGGCAUGUCUCUUGAAUAUAUUUGGUUUUGUGAGAUUCCCC